AUGCCUCCUGAACCCGGCCUCAGCAGGGAGAUGCUGACAGGACAUAGACUUUGCCAAUCCAAGUCCCAUCAGGACUCUGUUCUUUCUGCCUUGAACCAGCAGAGGAAAGACGGACUUCUGUGUGAUGUCACCCUGGUGGCCGGGGAACAAAAGUUCCAUGCUCACAAAGCCAUUCUUGCAGCAUGCAGUGAUUACUUCCGGGCUAUGUUCAGCUUGUGCAUGGUGGAGAGUGUGGCAGAUGAAGUGACCCUGCAAGGAGUGACCAGUGUUGGACUGAAGCAUGCCUUGGACUUUGCCUACACUGGCCAGAUUGUGCUAGAGCCAGCAGUGAUCCAGGAUGUUUUGUCUGCUGGCAGCCACCUUCAACUGCUGGAGCUCCUCAGCAUCUGCUCCCACUACCUCAUCCAGGAACUCAGCAGUGUCAACUACUUGGAGCUGUACCGCGUGGCCGACCUCUUCCACCUUCCUUCGUUGGAGAAGGCUGUGGUGGACUUUUUGGUGGGCCACCUGUCUGAACUGAGCCAAACACGGCAGGAGGAGGCCCUGCAGCUGCCUUUUCGCCUUCUCAAGGAGGUCCUCAAGAGUGACCGUCUCACCUCGCUGAGUGAAGAAGAGAUAUGGAAGUUUGUUGUCAUGUGGUUGGAACACGACUGCCGGUACCAGUACACUGAGGAUCUUCUGCAACAUGUCCGCUAUGGACUGAUGGACGUCUCUACCCUGCACCACCUAGCUUGUAACCACCCACUAGUGCAAUCAAGCUCUACUGUUGCUGCUCAAGUAGAAGAAGCCCUGGAUUAUCACCAUGGCACCUUUGCCCAGCCCCUUCACCAGUCUGCUCGCACCAGGCCUCGCUUCCAGUCCCUCACCUUGUAUAUAGUUGGCGGAAGAAAGCGUGAGGUGUGCAGAGUGCGGGAACUACGUUACUUCAAUCCGGCUGCACAGGAACACGUACCUGUGGCGGGAAGCUCGAACUGGAGCGAGUUGGCACCCAUGCCCACUGGGCGCAGCCACCACUGUGUGGCUGUGAUGGGGAACUUCCUCUUUGUUGUUGGAGGGGAGAUGGAGCACUCCAGUGGGAGGACGUGUGCCGUUAGGACUGCUUGUCGAUACGACCCUAGAGCCAACAGGUGGACUGAGAUAGCCUCCAUGAAGGCCUGCAGAGAACACUUUGUUUUGGGAGCCUUGGGUCAGUACCUGUAUGCGGUGGGCGGCAGGAAUGAGCUGAGGCAGGUGCUUCCCUCUGUAGAGCGUUACUGUCCUAAGAAGAAUAAGUGGACGUAUGUGCAACCCUUCGACCGUUCACUUUCAUGCCAUGCAGGGUGUGUGGCUGAAAAUCUGCUAUGGGUCUCAGGUGGGGUGACAAACACAGCUCAGUACCAGAAUCGCCUGAUGGUAUACGAGCCAGAACAGGACCAGUGGUUAGCACGCAGUCCAAUGUUGCAGAGGCGGGUCUACCACGUCAUGGCAGCUUUGAGAAGAAAGCUUUACGUACUCGGGGGGAAUGACCUGGACUACAAUAAUGACCGGAUUUUGGUGCGCCACAUCGAUUCCUACAAUCUGGACGUGGACCAAUGGACCCGCUGUUCUUUCAGCCUCCUCACAGGUCAGAAUGAGUCUGGAGUGGCGGUCCAUGAUGACAGAAUCUAUGUGGUUGGAGGAUACUCGAUUUGGACCAAUGAACCUCUGGCAUGCAUUCAGGUGCUGGAUCUGAGUCGAGAGGGAAAAGAAGAGGUUUUCUACGGGCCAACGUUGCCAUUUGCCUCAAACGGGAUUGCAACUUGUUUCCUCCCUGCUCCAUAUUUUACAUGCCCCAACCUUCAGACACUCCAAAUACCCCAUCACAGGAUUGGUGCUGUUUAA